AUGGCUGCGCCCCAGAACUGUGACAGGGGCCGAGUGGCCUCCACCAUCCGCUACUGCAUGACGGUCAGCGGCACAGUGUUUCUGGUGACUGGGACACUCUGCUACGCGUGGUGGAGUGAAGAGAAUACAGGUGUUCAACCCAGUCAGCCGGCCCCGCCCACUGGGCGCCCUGUGCCUGAGGCCCCCAGGCUCCUGCUCAGGUCCCUCAGCUUCUUCUGCUGCGGGGCAGGUGGCGUGCUGCUGCUCUUUGGCUUGCUGUGGUCCAUCAAGGACAGAGCCUGGGGGCCACCCCGAUGGGACUCAUAUCGCCUCUCCAGAGACCUUUACUACCUCACUGUGGAGCCCUCGGAGAAGGAGAGCUGCAGGACCCCAAAGCUUGUUGCUGUCCCCACUUAUGAGGAGGCCAUGAGCUGCGCACUGGUUGAGGGGUCCCUGGCACCACCUGCGUACCCCUUGGAGGAAGACCUGACGUGCAGUGCCUCUGGGGCUGCCCUGCGGGGCACCCAGCCCGCCUUGCCUCCUCCCAGCUACGAGAGCGUCGUCCUUGCUGCUGCUGCUGUCCCUGGAGAGAAACACCUGGCGCUGCCCGGCCAUUCAGACCACAGUAGGAGGAAGCCGAAGGCCCCUAGCGGGCCCGAAUCCAGGGACAAACCAUGAGCUUCUUCUAGCGUCUAAUACAGAGGCUGGUUCACAGUAGGCACUCAGCGAGUGUGUU